CAUACAUACAUAUUAUAUAUUUUAAAAAAAUAUACAUAUAUACACAUUUACAUAUAAGUAUAUAUAUAUAUACACAUACAUACCUCUCUAUAUAAAUACCUCUCUCUCUCUAUAUAUAUAUACAUAUAUACAUAUAUAAAAUAAUAUAUAAGAAAUAGCUUGGAAGAAGAAGAAAGUCAAUAGUUAAAGAAUAAGAAUCUAAUAGAGCCUCAUAUUUACACUAUGAAGAAGAAGAAGGUGCUCUUGAUGGGCAAAAGUGGAUCGGGAAAGACUUCCAUGAGGUCGAUUAUCUUUAGCAACUAUAUUGCUCGAGACACUCGGCGCCUUGGUGCUACAAUUGACGUCGAACAUUCAAAUGUCAAGUUUCUGGGCAAUCUAGUACUCAAUCUGUGGGAUUGUGGAGGACAAGAAGCAUUUAUGGAAAACUACUUUGCAUCCCAACGUGACCGAAUUUUUAAGAAUGUAGAGGUCCUGAUAUAUGUAUUUGAUGUCGAGAGUCGUGAUUGGGAGAAGGAUCUUCAUUACUACCAAUCGUGCCUGGACGCAAUUCUGGCGAAUUCCAAAGAUGCUCGUAUAUUUUGCUUGAUUCACAAGAUGGACUUGGUUCCUGAACACCAGCGAGAACAAAUUUAUGAUGAGCGGAUUCGAGAGUUAAGCACAAGAUCAGAACCACUGAACAUCCGUGGCUUUAGGACAUCUAUAUGGGACGAAACUCUUUAUGCAGCUUGGUCACAGAUUGUGCAUUGUCUGAUACCAAAUAUCCGAGUGUUGGAGUCCCACCUUGACCACUUUUGUCGAACAUGCGAUGCGGAUGAAGUGGUGCUGUUUGAGCGUACUACAUUUCUGGUCAUCGCUAACGCAGCAACAAUUAAGCACCAAGAUUUACAUCGGUUUGAAAAGAUUAGUAACAUUAUCAAACAGUUUAAUCUCGGCUGUAGUCAGUCCCAGACACGAUUCAAGAGUAUGGAAAUUCGAGGAAGUUCGUUUACUGCAUUCAUCGAUGUCUUAACCAACAAUACCUAUGCAAUGAUUGUGAUGUCGGAUCCUACCAUUCAAUCGGCAGCUACAUUACUGAAUAUUGCUGCAGCAAAGAAGCACUUUGAGAAAUUGGAGGGAGCACAGUAAAUAACUAUAAUAAUGCAAAGAAAUAAUGAGCAAAAACAAUGGAUAAAGGAGGCGUGUCUUUGUCUUUAGUUUUCUGCAAGAAAGAGGAGAUGGGUGUAUAAAUGUCUGAUUCAUGCACUUGUUGCGGGAAAUUAAAAACAGAAAUAAAUUCCGUAAUCCCAU